GAGCCUGUCAAGGUCGCGCACUCGUUGGUUGCUUAAUGAUCAGGUUUAGUCCCCUGUUGUGGAGUUCUAAGAAUCUCAAAUCGUUUCUUCCAUGGAGGUCAAGUAAACUGAUACAUACAUCCUAUCGGUUACGAUUCCCAUCAUACUUCCGAGCUCAGGAGAAAAAUUCACCCGAUAAAACACGUACAGACGAGAGUGAAAAAAGUCAAGUACCUACUCACCCUAAAUUUGAAUUCCGAUUUUCUUUCGGUCAAAACAAAUUACCUGAUCCACCUGGAGGAUGGUCCAUAGCUUCUUGGGUUUUACUUGGUGCUGUUGGCUUAGCCUGGAUUGUUUACUACAAUAUGUCAAUGUACCAUAAGGUUGAUUGGAAGGAGUUCGUAGACAACUUGUUGCAAAAGGGUGUUAUUCAUCAUCUGGAAGUUGUGAACAAAUCUUGGGUAAAAGUUCAUCUCCAACCAGGUACCAGUUUCGAAUCAUAUGGGUCCAGCAGUCUUGGAAAGAAAACCUUCUGGUUUGAAAUUGGUUCAGUUGACUCUUUCGAGCGAAGUCUACGUGAUAUGGAAGCACACAUGGGCGUGGAUCCUAUGCAUAGAACAUUUAUAACAUACAGUACUCGCUUGAAACUAUCAGACUUUUUGUAUGGAUUAAUUUACUUUAUUAUGGUCUCAUUGACUGUUUAUUCUCUACGCACAUUAACUGGCGGUGGCGUACGUAAAGGUCCUCCUGGUACUGGAAAGACGCUUUUAGCUAAAGCAACCGCAGGAGAAGCAAAUGUUCCAUUCUUAUCUAUAUCUGGUAGUGAAUUUCUGGAGAUGUUUGUUGGUGUUGGACCUAAAAGAGUACGUGAUAUGUUCACUUCUGCUCGUGAAAAGGCUCCAUGUAUACUUUUUAUUGAUGAAAUAGAUGCCAUCGGUGGAAAACGUUCUGGAUCAACAUACGGUCAUCAAGAAAGGGAAAAUACCCUAAAUCAGUUACUAGUGGAAAUGGAUGGGUUUACUACUCAAGAGAAUGUAGUCGUUCUAGCUGCUACCAAUCGGAUUGACAUUCUAGAUCCAGCCCUUUUGAGACCAGGACGCUUUGAUCGUCAAAUCUAUGUAUCCUUGCCGGACAUCAAAGGUCGUUCAUCGAUAUUUAAGGUACACUUAAAACCAAUCAAAUUAGCAGAUGAUAUACAACUUGUGGCUCGUAAGAUGGCCACACGUACUCCUGGAUUUUCUGGUGCAGAUAUUGCUAGUGUAUGUAAUGAAGCAGCUUUAAUUGCAGCGCGUGAAAGUGCUCACAAUGUUAAUUUGAUGCAUUUUGAUAAGGCAAUUGAUCGUGUAAUCGCUGGCUUGGAAAAGAAAAGUCAGGUUUUACAACCUGAUGAAAAAAAGACAGUUGCCUAUCAUGAAGCUGGGCAUGCAGUUGUUGGUUGGUUCCUAGAGCACUGUAAUCCACUGCUGAAAGUUUCAAUUAUCCCCCGUGGAAAAGCUCUCGGUUAUGCACAGUAUCAAUCCAGAGAUAUAUACUUGCAUACUAAGGAGCAAAUGUUGGAUGAAAUGUGUCUAGCACUAGGUGGUCGAGCAAGUGAAGAAGUAUUUUUUGGAAAAGUUGGAAGUGGUGCAGUAGAUGACUUACAACGUGUCACUCGAUCAGCUUAUUCACAGGUUGUCCAAUUAGGAUUUAGCACCAAGGUUGGCUUAUUGAGCUUUAAUUUACCACAACAAGGAGAUAUGGUUCUUACUAAACCAUAUUCUGAACACACUGCUCAGAUAAUUGAUGAGGAGGUUAGACAACUUGUGCAAUCUGCCUACGAACGAACACUAGGCAUUCUGAAAGAAAAACGAGAACUUGUUGAACAGUUAGCUUUACGUUUAUUAGAAAAAGAGCAGUUACAGAAAGAAGACCUAGUUGAAGUAUUAGGUCCCAGACCAUUUGCUGAGAAGAACACGUAUGAAGAGCUUGUCGGUCCCGGCCCACUGGAUGAAGAUAUAUCAUUACCUCCUGGCCUCAAAGACUGGAAUAAAGAAUCGGAAACCGAAGCCAAGCCUUCAUAGAAUUUCAUAGUCUAGGUUGUAUACUUGUCCUAAUAGUCUAACUUUGACAUGAGUCUUUGCAAUUAAAAUUUCGAAAGAUAAUGUAUAAAAUAAGCUUUUUCAUUCCUA